CUUGUUUUCUAGAACGUACAAGAAGAAGAGGUUGUUUCCCCACGACGCUUACAGUGAGGAGUAGGACGUAUUUUAGUUUUAUAAAAAUAUAGAGUAAAAAAAAAAAAAAGCUGAUAAUGCCAGCGGGUAAAAAUUUUAGGAGAAGGAAAGAGGAAUCUUCUGAUGAUGAGGAGUCUGAGGAAGUAACCGCAGAAGUCAGGAAUAAACUUGAUGAAGCAAAGGAGCUGCAAAGUUUGCGAAGGAGACAGAAAGGUGUGAGUUUAGCAGCAUUACUCGUGGGAGAGAAGUUACCAUUGGAAGCAGAGAUAGAGGAUGAUCCGUUUAAGCUCAAGACGGGAGGCAUUGUGGACAUGAAAAAAGUGAAAGAUGGGGCCAUAGAUAAUGCUGAGGAUGACCUGAACCUGGGAACUGCUUUCUCUGCUGAGACAAACAGAAGAGAUGAAGAUGCAGACAUGAUGAAGUACAUUGAAACAGAGCUGAAAAAGAAAAAGGGAUUAUUGGAGGCAGAGGAGCAGAAGAUCAAGAUAAAGAAUGCAGAGGAUCUCCUGUACGAACUGCCCGAGAACAUCCGUGUCAAUUCUGCCGAAAAGACAGAAGAGAUGUUGUCUAAUCAGAUGCUGAGCGGCAUCCCAGAAGUGGACCUGGGAAUUGAUGCAAAGAUAAAGAACAUAAUCAGUACAGAGGAGGCCAAAGCAAAGCUGCUUGCUGAGCAGAGGAAUAAGAAGAAGGACAAUGGUACCUCAUUUGUUCCCACCAACAUCGCUGUGAACUACGUCCAGCAUAAUCGCUUCUACCAUGAAGACGUGAACGCACCUCACAGACGGCACAGAGAAGAGCCUAAAGCACGGCCACUGCGUGUUGGAGACACUGAGAAACCACCCCCGGAAAAAUCACCACCCAAUUACCGCAAGAGACCAAACAACGAGAAGGCCACAGAUGACUAUCAUUAUGAGAAAUUCAAGAAGAUGAACCGCAGAUACUGAGCGCUCAUGACCUCAGCUCACAUUUUGCUAGUGGAGCAAUUAGCAAAUUUCUUAAUGAAGAUCUGGCAAGGAUGGGUCAUGCUGAAAAUAAGCUCAUUCAUGUAGAUAAGAUUUUACCUGUAAAUAUGACGUUGUGUAACCAGCAAAUUACAAACUAUGUGUGGCUUUUGUUUUAUAUUGUUGCAUUGUUUUAAGUUUCAUUGUCAACCAAAAUUAUUUGAAGCAUAAAAAUAAAUAUUAAGAGGACAAUUCUUGCCAUAGUGUGAUAGCGUGAGGGUUAUAUCCUGAGCUUGUGUUACUUUCUGUAUGCAGUUGGGGAUUCAUGUUUCCUCCCAUCCCUUGAAAUAAGUUGUGGGGUUUAUGCUAAUGCCCUAAAAUUGACUGCGAGUUCCUGGUAUUUCGCUGGAUCCACUGAUCACGAUAAAGGAUAAUGAAUGGAUGUAAACAUAACGUCUCUUAAUGAAUUUCCUGAAUUUAUUGCCUGAUGCUACAUGCUAUUUCUUUUUGUAAAUCUUUAGUUGAAUGAUUUGUCCUUUUUGAUUUUUUUUAUUCAAAUACAAUUAUUGAAAUAAUUGUGAAUACUUGAUAUACCUACAUCACAUCUCCAAUAAAAUGAAACU